AUGGCGACGACGUCGUAUGGAAUUUUCAGUUUACCGCUGAAGCCCUCGAGCUACCUGUCGAGAGAACCAUGGCCGUCCGUUCACCAAGGGUCUCAGAAGGCGGCGACAAAACUUGAUAUCAAUGGGUGGGACGAGGAGAUUGCUACUGUAAUCCUUUACCUAGAACCAAAAUUGAAAGUCCGAGAUUUUCUCAUCGGGGAAGUAGAUAUCUUCUUCAUGUCAGCACCUGCGGUUUCCAGAAUGGCCUUGGCCUUUCAAUCGUGCCCCUCAACAUGCAACGCUUCGGCUUCUGCUUGGGUCCAAGUCGAAGUAUUCGCCUCGGUAGCUAUCGUUGGUCGUAGGAAGUUGGUUACGAUCGAGCGCCUGCGCGAGGAGCAACAUUUCAUGAUCAGCAACCUUUCGGGCGAUAUGACUCACUCUCAUCUCAAUCUUGCCUUGAUGGCUCCUGGAGAAUGUUGGGUCUGGCCUGGACAUAAACUCCGUCACGGCAUUCCAGUGUCUACCAAUCUUUCAGCUCUAGUGCUUUCGAUCUUCUACAACAUCAAUCUCACUACAAUGUUUGAGGUCGAGAUCGCAAUUCGUCAUCACGCGCGUCGGGAGAAUAGCAGCUCCCCGGCUCUUGGAGCCACGGGCCAUGAUCGAUAUAGGACUGCUUGGGGCGCUUCCUCCAUCUCUGCUGUGGCCUCCAGCAGCAGCGGCUCGCAGAAGCUCUGCUGGAACUCUCGCAAACAGACUCUCACCCAGGUAUUCACUCGAGGAAAAAGCGCUGUAGCAGAAGGCAACUUCAGAAAAAUUACCUUCCCAGUUAUGCACAAAAGAAACAAGGAGAUGCCGCAACGUGAGCAGAAACAUGGGAUGUAUAUGCCACUGACUCCAGAACAGGAACAACGCCUACACUCACAUAUCUCGAGCUAUUGGCCUGCCGAUUUGAUCAAAACAUGGCGGUCCGCCGCAAAAGAAGCAACCACCUUUAGAUCAUCGCCUACCCCAUCACAAGGCGCAAGCAUCUUUCAUUAUGGUGACUUGCGCUUCAGCUCCGUUACGGACACUCUUCGCGACUGGGAGAUUGCCCGGCAGAUCGUCAAGGGAAACAUGCAUUUGACUACCCAGGGUAGUGUUCGUUUGCCAAUCUUUUUUAUGUUGGUAUGCAAUGUCGUGGAUCCACCAAGUGAAAGUCCGGGCCAACAAGGUAAAAUGCUAGGAAACGGUUCCCGACAUACCAAUCGGGCUAAUGGGCAACAAUGGUAUCUCAGCGUGGUCUAUACUGGCGCUUUGCCUGGCGCUUUCGAGUCUUUGAAGUUAUUUAUUUUCCUAGCUGCAGCUCCAUUGCCCAAGAAAGAGGCCAGGAAGUACGACACACCUGCCUUUGCAGUGGCAUCCAGGGUUUCUGGCACCGACUGGGCUGCAUCGAUUGCGGGAGGUUGGGCCGUUGUACGUUCUCAUCUUGCUAGAACACAUGAGACUGACCCGACAACGGACCACAUGACAGUGAAAUGGACAUUCGUGCCGAGUUCUUCUGCGUUCGCUUCAAGGUCUGAAGGCAUUUCUCUGUCGAGUGAUACAGCGCUAGGCAGUGCGUUGAGAGCACGAGUGUAUCAGAUUCCAGCUCGAUGCUCUGAAUGUAUCACGAUGCACUUGGUGUACGGUCUUCGAGCUGUAGAGUCUCUUCCGGCUCGUCAGGAAUCAGUCUCACAGGCUUUGUUGAUCUUGGUACUCACUGGACUUCAGGACUUGCCUUCUGAUUAUUGGGAAUGGCAUGCUUGCGCGGGAAAUGGUGCUGGCGCGGCUGCUUUUGGAGGUACAAUAGCUUUGCAGAUGGUGUGUUCGACCGAUCCAAGUGACAACGGCCCUCAGAGUCCUUGCGUGCAAGGAGGGUCUUAUCUCGAUCCAGUGAAGAACGCUUCCAUUAUCAUUUGUGUUGCUUUUAUGUCAUGUCUCUCGUUUCGCAACUACACAGAUGGUAGAGAAGCUCAUCCAGAGGCCAAAUUCUGCAGUGGCACAGCCGCACCCACCACGAUGCUGCGAAUUGCACAAGGCUCGGACUUCACGAAAUCCCAAUGGCAAUGCUGUAGCUUCGUGCUCAUAAUGAUCAUUCUAUUCCACCUGCGAAUCACCCACAGUGGGAGUGGGAGCCGCGAUGAACUGGUCUCCUCACUAUUUCAAGGUCGCUGUGGAGCCCGGGAAUUUUUUGUGAAGUUUCGAAUAUCUUGCGACUCUCGUCUUGACCUCGAUCGAGCUGUUGUAUACCAUGUCAUCUGCAAGGCCCUGGAAAGCCUGGAAAUUGCAUUUGUCGCAAGUUGCGCCAUUGAGAUUACCAGAGAGUUUCAAGUGGGGUCGCGGACAACCGCCAAGAAAACUCAGCAGCCACCAGUUUCGGAGUUUCACAACGUUUUCCACCUCCAAAGUCAUCCUUCCUGCAACAACAUUACCACGAACACCGCCCCUAACGGCUCGCAUCGAGUCCGACGUCUUCCCAUCGCCUAUCCUGACUUGCCCGAGAGCGUGCAACAAGACCACCGCAUAGCCGUUCUCGACACUGGUUCUCCGCCAGACCGACCGGCGACUUGCCCUUCCGAAUCAAUCGCUUCAGCUCUUCUCCCGCGACACCUAUCAGCCUUGACGUCUCUUUCACCUCCACUGCUGGAGCCUCCUGCUUUGCGCCGUGAGCCUGUCGUCUGCCUCUCACUGCCUGAUAAGGCCAGGUAUGGUCUUCUUACGCUUGCGCUGAUCGAGGUCGUGAUUGAUCGCGUCAAUUUCGGCGUCACGCGAUACCAGCUUCAAUUCCAAGUCGCGUGUGGCCUCAUGGGCCAUGCUCGAUCUCUUGGUCUCUGCGCCAUCUUGACAAAUUUGCGGCGAUGGACCACGGACAAUGGGACAGAGAAAAAGCCAGGCGUCAAGAGCUUUGCGCGAUCGGAUACCUACAUACAUGUUGAAAGCACUUUUCGCGAGACACGUUUGAGCUUUCCUCGGGCCUGA